AUGGACAAGUCCUUGCACGUAACAGGAAUCCUCAUUUACCGUCAUCAGCGGAACUCGACAGAGAUCUUAUUAGUUAACGAUUCUUUUAACCACAAACGACACUGGACUGCUCCCAAGGGCAGAGUCAUCGGCGAUGAAGACGAGCUCAAAUGUGCGCUCCGUGAGACUUUGGAGAUCACUGGACUCUCCGUCAAGGACCUGAAGAUCGAGGAAUCCUUCCGCGCCGAGAUCAAGUACCUUUCUGGCACCAAGCCCAAGCGUGUUGUCUACUACCUUGCCGAGUUGACCGACAGUUCCAGGGUCCUCCCCUCAGGAGAGGGCGUUCAGUUCUCGUGGUGCAACCUCCAGCAGGCGACUGACAAGGCCCUCUACAGGACCAUGCAGGACGUUCUCCGUAUGGCUUUUACUGCGGCUGAGGCUAGCCGCGCCAAGGCUCUUGCUGCUGCCCCACCCAAAAUCCACCGCAACCACUCCAACAACAGCGGCGGCGACAGCCUCGAGUCCAACAUGAAGAACCUUAACAUUGCCCUCCCUCUGGACUCUCAGCGUCAGGCCAUCACCCGGGACUACAACAACAACCGCCUCGGCGGCAACGGGCAGGGCCAGAACAGAGACCGCGGAGACCGCGAUGGCAACGGUCGCUACAACAACAACGGCGGCAACAACACUGGUGGGUCAGGAACCUCGCAUGCUGACAACCCCAACUACAAGACCCGCCUUUGCGAAAGAUUCGAGACGGAGCAGUUCUGCCCUUACUACGGCAAGUGUACUUUUGCCCACGGCGCAGCUGAACUGCGCCAGCGCCCUGCCUCAGCAGAGCAGCAGGACAAGCCCGUAUCGGCUGUUCAGGCUUCUUACCAGAACCGUGCCAAGCGCACCGAACCUACUGAAGGCGAGUUCCACAAGACUCGUCUUUGCGAGCGUUUCAUGACCGAUGGCGAAUGCCCCUUUGGAACCAAGUGCACCUAUGCCCACGGACGCGAGGAACUUCGCCAGCGCGUUGGACAACAGAACAACCAGAACAUCCAGAACAACGCCAACGCAUCCUACAACAACAACAAUGGACAAACCAGGGGAUAUUCUCGGGAUGGCCAGAACGGAGAGCGCCCCUACAGGCCGAACGGCGAGGGGUACCAGGAUCGUGGAGCUUACCGUCCUCAACAGCAGCAGCAGCAGGGAUCUUCGCCGGAAAGAUUAGAGGACCGCCCUUUCCGCUCUGUUCGUUCUGAAGGUCCCUACCGCUCUACCUUUACUGAGAACGCUCGCGAGAACCGCGAUGGCCCUUACAGGCCUCCUCAAAUCAUUGAGCAGGAGAAGACCUCAACCUCAUCUUUCCGCGCUCAAGCAGAGGUCAACCCUACUGGCGCUUACCGCCCCCCUGGAUCUCGUAGCCUUUCUAGCCAGGCCAACGAUGACUCUUUGAGCCGAUCUGUCCUUGCUCCUCGAACCAGCAUUGUUGCUCCCGUUGCUGUUACUGCAGCACCCGCCGCCACCGUUGCUGCUGCUGUUCAGCCGGUUUCUGCCGCUACUACUCCUGUGGCCACUUCGCCCGCCACCACCCCUGUUUUGGGAUCGGAGAAGGCUGGCAACGGUCGUCGUCGCGUCCAAGACCUCAACGACAAGCCUCGUGCCAAGGUUGUGGAGAUGUCGAGUGAGGAUAUGGAAAAGUUUCAGCUUCGUCGUCCUGAGACGCCUGUUCAGGUCAAGCCCGACUCGAAGCAGGCUCAGCGUGACCAGUUGAUCCUGGAUCUCCAAAAGUUCUUCCAGCAGCAAAACCAGGAAGGUAGCCAGGACAAGAAGCAGCAGCAACAGCAGAUCCAAGACGAGAUUAAGGAGGUCACCCGUCUGGAGAUGCGUAAUGGUCUCACCAAGCCCCAGCUGUACUACAUUUUGGUAGCAUCGCUGUUCACGGAGACGUCGGUGGAGACAUGGAAGAAGGUGUUGACGGACAAGGAAAAGUUGUUGGCCAACUUUGUCCGGUCGAGCGAGGACCAGCUUGCGUUGAUGCGUGCUUGGGAACAGAUGUUUGUCAAGCACCGUCCCAACAUGAUGGCCAGAGCGCCCAUUGUGAUGAAGGGUCUGUAUGACACCGAGUUGGUCGAGGAGGAUGUGAUGUUGGCCUGGUACGAUUUGGCGACCACGGAUGCAGAGUUGAAGAAGAAGUGUGUGGUCUUUGUUGACUGGCUCCGCUCUGCCGAGGAGGAGUAA